AUGAUCACCUCUGUCAAGGAUUACAUCAGACGUCACCGAAGAGGUAUAUUGACCACAGCAACUGUCGUUUGUGGAGGUUAUAUUGCUGGAAAGUAUGCCUCUCAAAAAAUAAGAGACUUACAAGAAAAAGCAAAUGCUGAAAGAGUAGCCAAAGAGAAUCUAAAACGACGAUUCCAACAGAAUCAAAACGACUGUGUAUUUACAGUUCUGUCUUUACUGCCCACAUUGCGUGAUCAAAUUUUCGAAGAAAUGAACAUUGAAAAGGACUGGAACAGAUUACAAGAAUCAAGAAAAUUGGAGAAAAUCGAACUAAAGUUGAGAAAAGAAAGAGAAGAGGCUGCUUUGAUGCAGCAAGAAAAAGACUUGGAGACUGGGGCAGAACAGCAACAACAACAGCAACUAGAUCACCAAAGCAAAAUCGAUGACAAUGAGGGAAAUGCAGAAGCGGAUAGCUCCAAUAGACCUAAGCAGGAGACUACUGCUUUGUCUACACCAACAGUAUCCUCUCCGGCACCGGGAUUAGAGUCUAGUGUGAGCAGUUUAUCCACAUCUUUCAAUGCAGAGGACGGUAAACCACUCCCAACCGGGAUUUUAGAGAGGCAUCAAAAGCAUGCCAUUCUGGAAAACAUCAAAACCAAGAGCUUCGUCCGUUCUUUCACAGUCAUUUAUUCUAUCACCUUACUUACUUUAUUAACGCAUAUUCAACUUAAUUUAUUGGGUCGAUUCACGUAUAUUUGGUCUGUUUCUGUUUUGAACAAAACCGAACCAACAAUUCGGCUGCAACGAGAUGGCAAAGAAGACAUGGAUGCAGGUUAUUUAGAUCCUGAAACAGAACGACUCUACUUGAGUCUUUGUUGGUGGCUAUUACAUCGUGGAUGGAAGAAAUGCGCUGAAAGAGUAGAAAAGGUCGUUGAAGAAGUUAUUUCCAGUAUACCAUUGAAGAGUACCUUGAAUUAUUAUGAGGCAGAGGAACUAUUGAUCAAAUUGCGUAAAGGUGUCGAACUAGAAAAUAGUCAGCCUUUCAAUUACCGUACGUGGAUGUUACCUGAUACCUUAGAAGAAGAAGCCGUAUUCAAAGAGGGAGCUGGAUUCAGUAAUAAUGCUGAAAAUGAUGUCAAUAAUGGAAGCGGUAAACAGCCUACUAUCACAUUUAGAAGAUUGAUUGAUGAAACAAAAGACUUCAUUGAUAGCCCUGAUUUCACACAAGUUGCAACAGCUUGUUUCGAUGAAGUAUUUGCGAUCUUUGAUCAUCAUGCAUUUGCUUUGACGUUGACACCUAAUUUGACUGAGCCUAUUGAGUCUAGCAUAAGAGAAUUGACACCCAAUGAAGCCUUGAAUUUGGAAAGGCAGAGUGAAAAAAGACUAACAUUAGCAAACUUAUUACCUACCAUUGGUAGACAAGCACACUCGGCUAUUUCAGGAAAUGAGUAUCUUAAUGCUUUUGCUUAUAUCAAAGAACUGCAGGCUUUUUCUGCAUUUGUUUAUACACAAUAUAAUACAGAGUCUCUUUGA